ACGCAGGCGAAGGCUGUUGGCAGCCGGGCUGGAAGCGCCGGCUGCUCCUUCCUGACAGGAAGGGGAAGUUGGACAGCCAUAACUCCUGGCAGCGGCCUCCUGCGCGGUGGCCGGCCCCGCUGCGUGCUCCCGGGCCGGAGGGCAGGCGCUGGGACACAGGGGGGAUGCUGGGGGUGCUGGGGGGGGUGCUGGGGCGCAGCCGCGAGCUGUGGCGGGGCGCCCGGCCCGUCCUGCAGCCCGCCAGAGCCAGCGGCGACAGAGCCAAGGGCGCUCAGGACGCGGCCGUGCAGCCGGCUGAUCCAGGUUACAAGACGUUCCAACAUGACAGAACACCUACAAACUUUGAUAAAAAGGUGUUAGUGUGGGCAGGACGCUUUAAGAGGGAGGAGGACAUCCCCAAGCACAUAUCGUCUGAGCUCCUUGAGGCAGCAAGGAGCAAUGUCAGGAUAAAGGUUUGCUACAUCAUGAUUGCACUGUCCGUGCUGGGCUGUUUGGCCGUGAUCAUCACAGGCAAAGAAGCUGCUAAAAAGGAUCAAACGCUGCUGAGGAUGAACAUAGAAAAGAAAGCCAAAUGGAGGGCUGAGGCGGAGAAAGAGCAGGAGGCAGCUGUUGGGAAGCCACAAUGAUCACGAACAGAUGUAUUUUGGCAGCAGAAGAUAAGUGGUUUGCACACGUGGUGUAUGUACCUGUCUUCAUUUAACCCUUUUGAGCUUUUUCACUGAAACUCUUUCAGGGCAACGACUUCACUGCUCAAAAACUGCUCCGUAGGAAGUGGGAAGCUCCAAGAGCUGCUUUCUGUGGCCUCUGGUCGUAGGCGCCAAGUUCAGCCAAAGCACAGACAUCUCUUCUAAAGUGGGAAGUGUGGGAAGGACGAAUGCAGGACUCCUCAGCACAGGGUCAGCUUUCUGUGGUACCACUGAUGCUCAGCAAGGCCUUGGUGCUGUCACCUCACAGCCAGGAGGGAUGCAGCCCUACAUCGGAGAGCAUCCCAUUCCCUGGAGUGCCUCUAGGGCAGACAGCCUUGGCCAAAAGAGACUGAGGGCAUGGGGAAGAAGAGUCUGGAAUAUGUUUUGCAACCACCAAGAGGUCCACCAUCCCUGCCUCUGAGCCUGCUGCCAUUGCUAUCCCCUCUCCCUCCCCAGCCCUUUGUGGGAUCCCAUGGCUGAGGAGGGGCAGCCCAGGGAACCCGCGCCUGGUACAUGAGCCUGGCCUGGAGGCACCUCUUGUCCUUUGAACCUCACUGGUUUUGCUUUUUCAUCUUCUGCUUCCAGUUGUUGCCGUGAAAGUUGUCUAGCACUUGCUUAGUUGCGAUUUUAGUUAGGAGUAAUUGUUAAUACAUGGUUUGCUAAAACUGGUUCUUUUUAAUCUUUGUAGUUCAUUAAUUCAUAAUAAAACAGCUGUCCAAUUACAUCUGAAACAAAGGCAUCUCUUCACAGCUUCUUUUAAAGUGUCACCAAACUCUCUGGGAUGAUGUUUAACAGAUGGGAGAUGCUAAUGAAAUAUUGAAAGUUA